CUGCAUGCUUUUGGAGAUAAAGCAGACGGUGACUGCUGGAAGUUAUAUGUGUUUGGCUGCUUGGGAGCACUGCUUCAUUUCAUAGUAUCUCAAACAGCAUUAAGAUAAGUUGGUUUUGUUUGUUAGAUUUUUUUUCUUGCCGAGUAAAAGGACAACUACUGUGAAAUAAGGAUGGAAGCAGGAACAGACAAAGAAACAGGAAAUGAAAGAAAUGAUACAGCUCAGCCCCUACAUGAUAGUAAUCCCGAGUCAUCCACCUCUGCUAUUGUUGAAGGUUCUACAGGGCAGAUGGCUGGGUCUGUUGAAAGGAACACACAAAAUCCCAAAGACCAGUCUGCUGUCGAUACGGCAAAGGAAACGGCUUUAAAACCAACCCUCCAACUGACUAUUACUACGUUUACAGUGAAAAAUGGUGAUGAUUUGAAAGUCGAAAUACCAGUGCUGGGUAAUCCAGCCCCAAAGAUAGAAUGGAAAAAAAAUGGACAGGCCGUCAAAGAGACAUCCAGGCUGGAGAUCUCAACGACAUCAUCGAUGACAGUUUUUCAUAUCAGACACGCUACCAGGGAGCAUGUUGGUCAAUACUCCAUCAAAGCAAGCAACAAUGCUGGAAGCUACACAGGAGAAAUCACAGUGGUCGUUCUUGAAAAGCCCGACCCCCCCAUUGGGCCUGUGAAAAUUGAUGAAGUUAGUUCCGACUAUGUGUCCAUUUCCUGGGAGCCACCCGAAUACACAGGAGGCUGUCAGCUUGACAACUAUGUCGUGGAGAAACGUGACAUUACUAACAUGGAGUGGCAAACCGUAUCAGCAACGACAGUGCGGACAACAAUCAAAGUCACCAAACUAAAGACAGGUAGUGAGUAUCAAUUCAGAGUGUUUGCAGAAAAUAGGUAUGGAAAGAGUGCUGCCAUCACAUCUUCAAUUGUACUUGCACAGUACCCAUUUAGUGUGCCUGCGGCUCCUGGUACACCUUUUAUAUCCACAGUGUCAAAGUACAGUAUGUUAGUUGAAUGGGCACCCCCAGGCAGAGAUGGAGGUAGUGCUGUCACUGGCUAUCAUCUGGAGCGAAAGGAGAAAAACAGCAUCUUAUGGACCAAGCUGAACAAACUUGCCAUACCUGACACCCGAUUCAAAACGACUGGCCUGGAAGAAGGCAUUGAGUAUGAAUUCAGAGUCUUUGCUGAAAAUAUUGCUGGACUCAGUCCAUCGAGCAAGAUAUCUGACUGUUAUGUCGCAAGAGAUCCCUGUGAUCCACCUGGUAAACCUGAAGCUGUUGUCAUUACAAAAGAGAAUAUCACACUCCAGUGGGCCAAACCUAGCUAUGAUGGUGGGAGCUCUAUUACAGGCUACGUCGUUGAAAAGAAGGAGCUCCCAGAUGGCCGAUGGAUGAAAGCAAACUUCACAAAUGUUAUUGAAAAUCAGUUCACAGUUACAGAUCUGACGGGAGGCCAAAGUUACAUGUUCAGGGUCACUGCCAAGAAUGGUGCAGGUGUCUGGAGCAAACCUUCUGAAUGUGUAACCAUCUUUGCUGAAGAUGUAAUUGAAAGACCUUCUGCGAUUAUGGACCCCAAGUUCAAGAGUACAGUUAUUGCUCAGGCUGGGGAAACACUUAUAAUUGAAGCGGAUUACUUUGGAAAACCCCUUCCCGAAGUAAGGUGGCUGAAGGAUGGUGAGGAAAUUAACAAAGCUACCCCAAGGACUGAUGUAAAAAACACCAUCACUCAUACAACACUGACUAUCAGGGACUGUACACGAGUGGACGGGGGAUGCUUCGUCCUGAGUCUCACUAACAUUGAUGGAACAACAUCUAUGCCGGUUAAUGUAAAGGUGCUGGACAGACCCGGUUCCCCAGAAGGACCUUUAAGGGUGAAAGCUGUCAGUGGUGAAAAGUGUAAUCUUCAUUGGAACCCCCCUUUAAAUGAUGGCGGAGCCAGUGUUUCACAUUACAUUCUUGAAAAAAGGGAGACAAGCCGUGUUACAUGGACAGGAGUUGAUCCUCAUGUUGAAACUGUCAGUUACAAAGCAACCAAGCUGACACCCGGGAGAGAAUACAUAUUCCGUGUUUGCGCCGUGAACAAAUUUGGUGUCGGGGAAUAUCUGGAAUCAGAACCUUUCAUCGCACAAAAUCCUUUCAAAACACCCAGUGCUCCUUCUACCCCUGCUGCCAGUGCUGUGACCGGAGACUCUGUCAUGUUGACGUGGGAAAGACCUGAGACUGAUGGGGGCUCUGAGAUAGAUGGCUACAUCCUGGAGAAACGUGAUAAAGAUGGUGUUAGGUGGACAAAAUGCAACAAGAGAAGACUGAGUGACUUGCGCUUCAGAUGCACAGGACUCACAGAGGGACAUUAUUAUCAGUUUAGAGUAUCGGCAGAGAAUACUGCUGGUGUUGGUGCACCCAGUGAGCCAAGCGAUUAUAUUAAAGUGUGUGAUACAUCAUACCCUCCUGGUCCCCCUACCAACCUCAAAGUGACAGACCAUUCGUGCAGUACUGUCUCUCUAUCCUGGUCCAAACCUAUCUAUGAUGGUGGCGCGCCCAUUAAUGGAUUUGUUGUUGAGAUGAAAGAAGCAGCAGAUGAUAAGUGGCUAACAUGCACACCAAACACUGAAGAUACAAAAGACACCAUAAAAGGUCUGAAGCAAAAUGCGGAGUACAACUUUCGGGUGCGCGCAACAAAUGCCAAUGGAGUCGGCGAACCGGUGGAAUUACCAGGGUCUGUGGUUGCAGCUGAGAAACUAGAGCACCCCGAAAUUGAGUUGGACACAGCUUUGAGAAAGCUAGUUAGUGUUCGAGCCUGUUCAACAUUACGUCUCUAUGUUGCUAUCAGAGGAAGGCCGGAACCUGAAGUCCAAUGGUCAAAGGAAGGUGGUGCUCUCAGUGAGAACGCACAAAUAGAGGUGACAGGCACCUACACGUUGCUGAUGAUUGAAAAUGUGAACAGAAAUGACACAGGGAAAUAUGUAUUGACUGUUACGAACUGCAAGGGCUCUAAGUCAGCAUUCGUCAAUGUGCGAGUGUUGGAUACUCCCAGUGUACCAACAAACCUCCAAGUGAAAGAUAUUCAGAGAGAUUCUGUGCUCAUCACCUGGGAGGCUCCUCUCAUUGAUGGAGGAGCAGUGAUUUCACAUUAUGCCGUGGAAAAGAGAGAGGAGAAUAGAAAGGUCUUCACAAGUGUGUGUAGUAACUGCACAAGGAACUCGUAUAAAAUUGACAACCUCCAAGAGGGAUGUUUUUAUUACUUCCGUGUCUUGGCUGUAAACGAGUAUGGAAGUGGACAAUCAGCUGAAACAAAAGAACCUGUUAAGGUUUCUGAAGUGCCUUCUCCUCCUGGGAAAAUUACACACAGCGAUGUCACCAAUGACAGCGUAAAACUCUCAUGGGAAAAGCCAGAUCAUGACGGAGGCAGCAAAAUUACAUGUUAUAUUGUCGAAAUGCAAGCAAAAGGACAUGACAAGUGGAGAACCUGUUCUGAGAGUAAAACACUGGAAACAGUCAUUCAUGGGCUGACAAAAGAAAUGGAGUAUUUCUUCAGAGUUAGUGCUGUGAAUGAAAAGGGGAAGAGUGAGCCCAAGCUCCUGUUGACACCUGUUACCGUGAAAGACACAAGUGCUCAACCCAUUAUUAGUUUGCUGUCAAGCACAUUUAGUGUGAAGGCAGGGAAUGAUUUGAAAAUUGAUGUGCCAUUCAAGGGUGUACCACAGCCCACUGUAACAUGGAAGAAAGAUGGCAACAUACUCAAAGAGACCUGCAGGGUCAAUGUGUGUACAUCAGAGACAUCAUCUCAAAUCAUAAUCAAAGAUGCAACAAAGACAGAUGUUGGCCUGUAUGAGGUAACCGUCACCAAUUCCGCUGGAACGACAUCUGCUGAGAUCCAUGUGAAUGUUUUUGAAAAACCUGGACCACCGUGUGAUCUCACUGUGGAAGAAGUGAGCGCUGAAUUUGUGGCUCUGAAAUGGCAGCCCCCUCAUUAUUGUGGAGGAUGUCAAAUCUCUAAUUAUGUUGUUGAGAAGAGAGAUACAAACAGCACAAUCUGGCAGACUGUGUCAGCCACCGUUGCCAGGACCUCGAUAAAAAUAUCCCGUCUGACACAGGGCAGUGAAUAUUACUUUCGUGUUGCUGCAGAAAAUCGCUACGGGAAGAGCUCCUUUGCUGAGUCUGAACCAGUUAUUGCUCAAUAUCCUUUCAAGGUUCCAAGUCCACCAAGCAAUAUCUCUGUUGUGAGUGCUUCAAAGUCUCUCAUGGUCAUUACAUGGGACCCAGCGAGCAGUGAUGGUGGCAGCCCGAUUAUUGGCUAUCAUAUUGAACGCAAAGAUCAAAGUAGUAUUCUGUGGACAAAAUUAAACAAAAGUCCAGUGACAGAGAACAGAUUCAAAGUUACAAACGUUGAAGAAGGCCUCGUAUAUGAAUUUCGGGUCUAUGCUGAGAAUAUUGUUGGUGUAGGUCCCUGCAGUAAUACCUCUGAGCCUGUUGCAGCGAGAGACCAGUGUGACCCCCCACGAAACCUCACAGUUUCCAACAUAACAAACUCUUCAGUUUCCCUCUCCUGGGAGAAACCAAACUAUGACGGUGGGGCUAAAAUUAUUACUUUCAUUGUAGAGCGGAAAGAGCUUCCGGAUACAUGUUGGCUAAAAUGUAACUUCACCAACUUACUUGAUACCUUUUGGGAGGUAACUGGUCUCACAGAGGGUGAACAAUAUGACUUCAGGGUUCUUGCAAAGAAUGCAGCUGAGCUCUUCAGUGCACCAUCUGAGGCCACAGGACCCGUGACUGUGCAGCAUGAUGUGGAGCCACCUAAAAUUAUCAUAGAGGACAAAUUUAAACAGGUUUUGGUUGUCAAAGUAGGUGAUCUCCUAAGAAUAGAUGCUGACAUCUCAGGUCGCCCAAACCCUACAGUGUUAUGGUCAAAGAAUAGUAGAACCAUUGGCACAAAGGGUAGGGUUGAGAUUACAACAACCAAGACGCAUACGUGUCUGUUAAUCCGGGAGAGUGUUCGAAAAGACUCUGGACAGUACACUCUGAGCCUCCAAAGUACUGCGGGUACCACAUCUAUUUCGUUUACAUGCAAAGUCUUAGACAGGCCUGGUCCUCCAGCUGGACCCCUGCAAGUGUCUGGACUUUCAGCGGAGAAACUGACUUUAUCAUGGGGACCCCCUCACGAGACAGGCGGUGCAGAGAUCAUGCAUUAUAUCGUUGAGAAGUGUGAAACCAGUCGUGUGGCCUGGACUCUUACCUAUGGUGACUUGAUGGCAACUACUUGCAAAAUAACUAAGCUGCUUAAAGGGAAUGAAUACCUCUUUAGGGUGAGGGCAGUAAACAAGUAUGGCGAAGGGGAGACUUUGGAAAGUGAUCCCAUCAGGGCAGUCGACCCCUUCAACAUCCCAUCUGCUCCAACGGAUGUGGAGGUCACAAGUGCAACGAGUGACGCUAUGACUAUCUGCUGGAAGAGGCCAGUAUCUGAUGGAGGGAGCCGAAUCAGCGGGUACAUCAUUGAGAAGCGGGACAAGCAAGGCAUUCGUUGGCUGCGUGUUAAUAAGAAGCCUGUCUACGACCUACGAGUCAAAGCCACCGGCUUACAUGAAGGAUGUGAAUAUGAAUUCCGGGUUUUUGCAGAGAAUGCUGCAGGGAUAAGCGAACCCAGUCUACCAUGUCCUCUCACCAUGGCAGAAGAUCCACAGUUUCUGCCUUCCCCUCCCGGAAAACCCACACUUCUCGAUUCUUCCAAGUCCUCAAUCACUCUGUCAUGGAACAAGCCGCUGUUUGAUGGAGGAGCACCAAUUACAGGCUACAAAGUUGAAUUCAGAAAAUGCGCAGAAGAAGACUGGUCCGUUGGGACACAAAACACAGAUAAAACUGAGUUUAAAGUAACUGGGCUCACUUCAGGGACAGAAUAUGUUUUUGUUGUUAGAUCAAUAAAUAAGGUAGGCAUCAGUGAAGCCAGUCGUGAAACGGAUCCUUAUGCGACUGUGGAUAGAGUGGAAGAACCUAGGUUUGAUAUUAGCACUGACAUGAAGAAGACCCUCCAUGUCAAAGAAGGAAGUGACUUCACCUUCACCGUGCCUUUCAGGGGCAAACCUAUUCCCAGUGUGACUUGGGAAAAAGCAGAUGUGGAUUUAAGAAUCAGAGGACUGAUCAACACCACCGACUCCGUCACCUCCAUCACUGUGGAAAAAGUAACCCGCGAUGAUACAGGCAAAUACAUAGUCAAAUUGCAAAACGAUGCCGGGAAUGCCUCUUUGACUCUAAGUGUGAAGGUUCUGGAUUCCCCUGGUCCACCAACACAUUUAGCUGUUAAAGAUGUUACCAAGAACUCUGCCACAGUUACUUGGGACAUUCCUGAGAAUGAGGGAGGAGCCUCCGUUAAGAACUAUCUUGUUGACAUCCUGGACAUCAGCAGAAAAGGAUGGACAAGACUCACAAACAGAUGCCACAGGUUGUCCUACAAGGUGACUGACCUGGAGGAAAGGGGGAUCUACUACUUUAGAGUCACCGCUGAAAAUGAAUUUGGAAUCGGUGUUCCGGCUGAGACGAGGGAAGGAACAACAAUGACAGAUUCAACAAACUGGGAAACAAACCCGGGUGCUUAGUUUGUGUUUCCUCCAGAGUUGAGCUGAACACUUCGGCAUGUUGAGAAGAUUGCUGAGCUAUCCAAACUUUGUUCAAUUACAAAAAGUAUCAGUUCUUUGAAUUCACGCAUAUUGUGCUGUAAGUCAAACUAAUAUGUUUUUAUAGCAUUCUUGUCCAAGUUUAAUGAAAUAAAAUAAAAGAUGACAUAACCAGUUUGGA